AUAGAAGUCCGCCGCUGCUGUGUGUGCGGAGGGAAAGGCGACCCCCCUCGGUGUGUUUGAUAAAAGCCCGGCUGAGGCUCUUGUGGGCGGGGAGCUGGAGCAGCUCGUGUCGGCGCAGCCUCCAACGUGACACACUGGAAUAAGCAUCAGAAGCGAUAGAGAGAGAGAGAAGGAGAGAAAGAGAGAAAGAGAGACCAGCUGCUCAACAACACAAAGCGUACGUUUGGACUCUAAACGUUAUACAGUGCGGGGAAAUGCUGAGAUUUGAUCUGCUGCUUGCUGGUUCUCGGUAGGAUAGGCUCUCUGACUGUGUCCACCGUCCAGGAAUUACACACAGUUUCACCGGCCAGACUGAACAGAGGAGACGAGCUGCAGUGGAUGUUUGUUUUUUCGCUGCAUUGUUCAUGGGAAAGGCGAUACGGAGAGACUGCGAGAGCGAACUUGAGAGAAACCAGCCAACCUGAAGAUCUGCAGGACUGGGUUUAACAGCUGCAGCAGUAUAUCAUUGGCCUGUGGGAAUAUAAGCAACAUUUUCAACCCAGCAUUAACAACAUUAACCCAGUCGUUUGCAGAGCUGCUGUGGCAGUAGGCAGUAGCUGUAGUGCCUGUGUGUAUGUGUUGAACGGCAUGUCCUGCAGGAAGGAUUUCUCCUAAAUUAGAUAGUAUUAGUACCAAGUAAUAAUAUGUAUUCGGUUAUUUAGCUAGCUAUGACUUGUUGGUACUGUUAUGGCUAGCUAUCUAACCUAACUUAACCUAACCUAGCCCAACGCAGCAAGCUCACAGUCUGCAGUCUUUAGGUUAGCUUGGUUGGGUUUUUCCUUCUUCCUCACACUACAGACUACUGCUGUUGCUGUCUGUCUGUCUGACUGUGUGAUUGUCUUUCGUCUUGUCUGUUUCAUUGGAGGAGGAUGACACCAAAGGAUGGAUAACACGAUACGAAAGUGAGUCUGGACCUGGGGUUGGGUUACGCAGCCGGGUUGACCGUUCCCUGUUUCCCGAAGGAAAGCGUGAAAAGGCUUUAGCCCCGCCCGUCUUGUGGUUCCUUAUGCUCCAUGAAGACUCUUCCCGGGUUGCUGCAGGAUGGAUGGUGUGGAUUUGACGGUUCUUGUCUGUCACCAUCAGCGCUUGCUUCUCUGUGACUGCGUCUUGUUCUUUUACAUUUAUAAAAGAACACCCCCUCUCCUGGACUCGUACCAUAAAUACUGUAACAGUAACUGUUUAUAAGGAACACCCAAGGAGGGGGUUCUCCCAGAAACUCUCUGAGGCUCUUUAAAGCUUUUAAUUUGUGAUCAUACCCUUCACUCUGUUUGUGGAGAGAAGUUCUUCACUAUAAAGUGAACGUUUACAUUUGGAUUUAUACACAGUAAUUUAUUUAUUCUUUUUGAUAGUUAGCUUUAUUUUGUUUUUGCCUGGUGUGAAGAUGUCCAAGAACAAUGGCACAGAGUUCCUGGCCCCUCCGCCACCAAAGAAUGUGAAUGGUUCGGGCUCCGACUCGCUGCUCGGCGAAAAGCUGGGUGCGGAGGUCCGGCACCGGCGCCACACUAUGGAUAAAGACCUGAAGACUGCUGAGCACCGGUUCUUUAGGCGCAGUGUCAUCUGCGAUUCCAACGCUACUGCUCUAGACCUUCCUAGCAAAGCUUGCAUCCCCACUUCGCCUCCGGAUCGCGAAUCAUCUGCGGCGCCCUUGAGCCUUGGUUCUGCUCCUGAUGUAGCUGCUGAGGCCUGCUUGGCUGUGGUGGAGAUUGUUGUAGAAGAACAGGCAGAAGAUACCAGUGAAGGAGGGCGGCUGUCUGGGCUUGACGGGGAUGAGAAGCAAAUCCAGACUUUAAGCCCUGAGAAAAGUGAAGCUUCUGGAACCCCAGUUUUGGUGCCCAUCGUAGUGGAUAACCAGGAGCAAGAUGUUGGAGAGGCUGAAAAACGCGAGGAGGAGGAGAAAGGGGCAGCAAAGGCCCGCGCUGAAGCAGAACAGAGGGAGGCUGAGAAGAAGGAGCGAGAGGAUGAGGAAGUGGAGACGAAAGCCGUGGGCACUUCGCCAGAUGGGCGCUUUCUUAAGUUUGACAUCGAGAUUGGACGCGGCUCUUUCAAAACCGUCUACAAGGGCUUGGACACUGAGACAACUGUGGAAGUAGCGUGGUGUGAACUCCAGGACCGUAAGCUCUCCAGGUCAGAGCGGCAGCGCUUUAAAGAAGAGGCAGGUAUGCUGAAAGGUCUGCAGCACCCAAACAUCGUUCGUUUCUACGACUCCUGGGAGUCUCCCUCCAAAGGACGCAAGUGUAUCGUGCUGGUGACGGAGCUGAUGACUUCAGGCACCCUAAAAACGUAUCUGAAGAGGUUCAAGGUGAUGAAGAUCAAGGUUCUGAGGAGCUGGUGUCGUCAGAUCCUGAAGGGCCUUCAUUUCCUCCACACUAGGACUCCUCCUAUCAUUCACAGGGACCUGAAGUGUGAUAACAUCUUCAUAACCGGCCCCACCGGCUCGGUUAAGAUCGGUGACCUGGGCCUGGCUACUCUAAAGCGCUCUUCUUUCGCCAAGAGUGUUAUAGGUACCCCUGAGUUCAUGGCGCCUGAGAUGUAUGAGGAGAAGUAUGACGAGUCGGUGGAUGUGUAUGCCUUUGGGAUGUGCAUGUUGGAGAUGGCGACCUCUGAGUACCCGUACUCCGAGUGUCAGAACCCUGCUCAGAUCUACCGCCGGGUCACCAGCGGAGUGAAGCCUGGCAGCUUUGAUAAGGUCGCCAUACCGGAGGUGAAGGAGAUCAUCGAGGGGUGUAUCCGCCAGAACAAAGAUGAGAGAUACGCUAUUAAAGUCCUGCUGAACCAUGCCUUCUUCCAGGAGGAGACGGGGGUGCGAGUGGAACUGGCUGAGGAGGAUGAUGGCGAGAUGAUCGGCAUCAAGCUCUGGCUGCGUAUUGAAGAUGCUAAGAAGUUAAAGGGCAAAUACAAAGACAACGAAGCCAUCGAAUUCUCCUUUGAUCUUAGUAAGGAUGUCCCUGAAGAUGUGGCCCAGGAAAUGGUUGACUCUGGCUAUGUGUGUGAAGGCGACCACAAGACGAUGGCCAAGGCCAUUAAAGACCGCGUGUCACUGAUCCUCCGCAAGCGAGAGCAGCGUCAGCUCGUGCGAGAGGAGCAGGAGAAGAAGCGCAAACAGGAAGCCGAACAGCAGCAGCUGAGCGAAUCCCAGAAGGCUUUGCAGCUCGGACAUUUAGCAACCCAAGGAGCUCCUCAGAGUCAGUGUGGUGGUCAGCCUCAGACACCUGGACCUGGCCAGACUGAAGCAGAGGAUCCUGAAGCAGAGCAGCACCAACACCUACAGUACCACCAAAGUGGAAUCUCUGUUACAUCGGAAAGCACCAUGGACAGUGGGCAGGGAUCAUCUUUAUACUCUGAGACUCCCCUCACCCAGCUUGCCAUGUCCUACAGUUCCCCCGCAGCGUCUCAGCAGGCCUCCCAGCAGCAGCAGCCCUCCUACACCCCCGCCUCCCAGCCUGCUGCCCAGCAGCAUCCUGCCUUCCCUCAGCAGCCCAUGCCGCAGUCAGUGAGUCAGCAGUAUGGUGGUGGCGGCAGUGGUGGUGGUGGAGGGGGUUCAGCUCUGGCCCCUGAGCCCCCGUUCUUUUUCGCUGCCAUCCCCGAGCGACCUGUCUCCUUCUCGCCUCCGCCUUCCUGCCCGCCCAAAGGCUUCAACGUGCAGCGCCGCAAGAGCACAUCCAUCCUGGAGGCCCACACCCGCCAUUUCCAGCCGGCUUACCGCAGCUACGGCAGCAGCCUUCACCCAUUCUCUGGAGUGGAGGGCCUGGAUCCGUCCCUCUACUUGCUGCCCAGCAUGGCUGCCCAAAGACUGGCCGAUCCCUUGCACAUGCAGGCCCCGCCCAAGCCCUUAUACGGCUAUAAAGAGCAGCAGGAGGAAGCUGUACGCAGACUGAGUCUCAACCAAGCCACCUUACUGGACCAUUUUGAAAGCAUGGCCGCGUAUGGCCACGGCUACCCAUUGGCGGCGCAUCAUCAGCUAAACCAGCUUAGCUUCCACCAGCACAUGCAAGCUGCCGCUGCUGCUAGCCUAGCUUUCGAGGCUCCACCGCCAAGUCCGGCCUACUUACACCCACACAUUCCUCCACACAUGCGCCUCACCCACAGCCCUGUACCACAGCUCACUCCUAUAAGUAUAGCCCAGCCGGUUACCUCUGUAGCCCAGCCUACUUAUGACCAGCCUCACUCUUCAUUCCCUCACUCUGCUCCACCAGUCUUAGCCCAUGCCGCCGAGCCUGCCAGUGCCUUCGAGUUCCACGUUCACGGCCUUCAGGCGGACCCGAACACUUUGGCCGCAAGACUGUACCGAACUCGCCGUGGCUCAAUGGACCUCAACCUUGAGGAAGCAGCCGCCAAUUCUGGGCUGAUCACCCGUCUUCAACCCGUCACAGAGGAGUACAGUAACUACGUGAGCCCAGAGCUGCCCCUACCUCCCGGCAGCCUGCUCCUCCAUGGACAUAAAGACCGUAGUCCAGAACCGUCUAGCGACUCAUUGGCGUCUUCAGACGCCGGAGAGUUCAACUCUCCACCUCCUCACGCUGGACACCCACACCAUCCAGACGCCUCGGCCGCUCAGUCCAUCCCACAGACGUCUUACUACGGACCGGAGGCAGGAAGCGGCACCUGCGAGGGUCACCCACCCAGCCAGCAGACGUUCCUCUUCGUCCCACCUUCAGAGCUUCCCGCGACGGCCAGCAGCUCCCACAUCGGCAUCAGCAUGCUGCACGGCGCCUGGGCCAGGCAAAUGCCCCUCCAGCAGGACCUCUCGUACCACGAGUCUGCCCUGGCUCUUCAGGGCUCUGCUUUGGUAUCUGCUCCACAGUCCAGCAGUGCUGCAGUUUCCCUGGUCCCCGGCCCCGCCCAGUCCACCCAGUGGACCGACAACCCAGUCAACCCACAGUAUGGAGGUUACUACGUCCCAGCGCUCCCUUCGCAGCAGGCGGUUCCACAGCAUGUUUCUCUGGGUCCUGCCUCUCAGCCCAGUGUUUCCCUGCCCCAGCAGCAGCAGCUUCCACUGCAACCUGCCAACUCUGGCCUUCAGAGCAUAGCCCAGACUCACAUCCAGACAGGGCCUCCGGCUACACAGUGUGCUAGUGAGCUGAGUCCUCCGGUUCAGUCCCCGACGCCCUGUGCCGAGCGCCUCUUCUUCCUCUACCAGGCCGCCCAGCUCGCUCUGGUGCAGUCUCCAUUGUCCACGCUGACACAGCCUGUCCUGACAGACCCAUUCCCUCAGUCACCCUCCAUCCUUCCAGCCAUCAGCCUGACUUCGCUGCCCCUCUCCUAUUUCCCCCAGCCCUCUUCGCCUGGCCUGAGCAUCAUGGCUCCAGUGGCAAUUCCCCCAGUCACCAAGGCCCAGGGGCACCAGCCAGCCCCUGUGGCAGCCAAGGCCGCGCUGAGCCCCCCUCCUGCGGCAGUGGCGGUGGCGGCGGCAGCAGUAGGAACUAUGCCAGCUGUCUCUCCUGCAGUGCUGCCUGCCACCUUAGCCACAUCACCUUCCACACCAUCGCAGCCCAAAGCGAAGCCUUCUCCUCCUCCUCCUUCUCCUCUGCCGCUAGCCGCCACUGUACCGACAAUCCUUGUGGCCGCUGCUCCUCCUACCCCUACUGAGCAGUCGGGCCUAGCUUCAGAAAGUCCAGCCCAGACAUCAACCGGAUCCCAGACGGUGGAUAUGUCACAACUGCAGGCUCCGACUGUGCCCUGCACAAUAGAAAGCAGCCAUUCUGAUGUGGCGUCUGGCCUCAGUGAUGGAAACGAGGGUGUGACGGGCGGCAGGCACGAGGGCCGUGCAACCAAAAGGCACCAGCGUCGAUCGGUGCGCAGCCGCUCCCGCCACGAGAAGAUCACCAAAGCAAAGCUCAACGUGCUCAAUAUUUCCAGCAUGGGUGACCGAGUUGCCGAGUGCCAGCUAGAAACACACAACAGGAAAAUGGUGACUUUCAAGUUUGAUCUGGAUGGAGAUAAUCCAGAGGAAAUCGCUCAGAUCAUGGUUGAGAGUGAGUUCAUUUUGGAAAGUGAGCGCGAGUCUUUUAUCGAGCAGGUUCGGGAGGUCAUUGAAACAGCAGAUGAAAGCAGAGGUCUCGAGAGGGAAGGCAUCCAGACUGCGAGCAAACCUGAACAGCAGAUACCCAGUACCUGCGCACCUCUUCAGCCAGGAGUUGGCGUGAGUGCCACUACUCAAGUGGUGCACUCAACAGGUCGCAGAUUCAUCGUUAGUCCUGUACCUGAGUCCAGACUGAAAGACCAGUUCUUUAAUGCAGCCCAACCUGCAGCUCAACACCUGGAACAGUCUAUGCCAGCAUCAGCAGCAUCAGUUGCAUCAGUGGCAUCAGUAGGAGGACCUAAUCUGGGUUUGUCUCAGUCUGCGUCUGCAGUGAGCCUUCAGCAAGCCUUCGCUGAACUUCGCCAGGGCCAGUACGACCCCGGACCGAGCACAGCGCCCCCUACCCUCCACACCUCCAUGCCUCCUCUUCUACCAGUAGCCAAUCCACUGGCUGCUUCCUCCUCCACUGCUGCUGCUGCUGCUGCUGUGCUUUCUCCUCCCUCCCAACUCUCUGAACCAUCUCUCCCUUCCUCCUCACUCCCUCCUUUAUCUGCUGCCUUACCUUCUCAAGCCCUUCCUCCUCCACCCGUCAGCCAGCCUCCAAUAAUCUCCACGGUUGGCAGCAGCAUGAUGGUUCCUCCUUGCUCGGUUUCCUCGCCGAUGAUGGUGAGCACCGCUUCUAUGGCUCCGUCAGUCACGUACCCUCCAUCUACAGUCCCCCUCCAUGCCAUUAUAAACACAUCAGUGCCCAGUACUGCAGUUCCACCACCUCCUCAACCAGCUGCUAUCAUCAGCAAUGUGAAUUCUCUUGGUGGAGGAAGUGCCGAGCAGCUUCCCAUCCCUUCCACUGUUGUUGCUCAACUUACUCCAACCGUAGUCCCAACUACAGCCAUCCAAACGCUCCAGCUCACCCCUUCCAACGUCCCAAACACCUCUGGCCCUCAAGUCCCUCUUUCUCAAGUACCAAGCCUUCAACCGGUCACCUCUAGCAUCCCUGUAGUCCAACCUACACCAGUCCACAGCCAGCCUCAGCCCUCCACCCUUCCCAACCAGAGCCACACUCACUGUGUUGAGUGUGAAGGAGACGCCCAAAGCAAGACCCCAGGAAUCGACGACAUUCACGCCCUGGACAAGAAACUACGCUCCCUCUUCAUGGACCUCGGCUCUGGUCCUCCCUCGACGCAGGCAGACUCUGGAGCCCUGGAGCCCAGCAUCCCUGGAACCUCCUCCCCAACCAGCUCCACCACCAUCUCUGGCGGCCCUCCUCUCCCUCCAUCCAGCCUGCCUUUAGCGUUCUCAGGCCAGCCCACAGCCGGCUCUCCCAUGACCACGCCAGGCACUGCUGCCACACCUUCUAAAACACCUUUAUCAAGACUACCGGUGUUGCCUGUCGGCUCAGAGCAAGCCGGCACGCCACCCACCGAACACCCGCCACCCUUCCCAGGACCUUGUCUAACUCAGUCCCAGCAGCCUCUAGAAGAUCUGGACGCCCAGCUGAGACGGGCUUUGAGUCCAGAGACCUUGUCUGUCAGCAGUGUCACGCACCAGUCCUCCAUUACAGGAAUGCCUGUUGGAGGGCAGCCAGUUCCAUUCUCUUUGGAUGAUGAAGCAGCACCCACAUCUCCAGGUGGAGGCUUCAAACUGGGCCGAUUCCAGGUCUCCCUGGCAGCUGACGAGUCUUCUCUGCAAGCUCCCACCACCUCCAGUGACUCAUCCUCUUCUACCACUUCAUCUUCCACCUCUUCCUCAUCCUCACCCUCCUCUCUCUCCAGCCCUGAGAACACGCUGCACAGGGCCUCGUCUCCACUCCAUCAGCUAGGGGACGAUGUUGUGGAUGGCCUUCCUACAGCAUUACCUGGGCAUAAGGCCCCCUCCCUGCAACCCACCACCAUCGGCCGCUUUCAGGUCACCACCAGGGCCGACACCAAGGUGGGCCGUUUCUCUGUGGGACCGGCAGCGGAUGAUCCUCCUGCUUCAGUUUCAGAAGCUCCUUUGUCUCCAGAGCCUCAGCCUCAGGCUCAUCCUGCGGUGGGAAACGGCCCAGCCCUCAGCCCUGAGGGCAAGAGCCUGGCCAGCCUGAACAACUCCUUCAACUCCUACUUCAGUAGCGACAACGACUCUGAGUUCGAGGACGAGGACUUCAAGCGGGAAGUCAGCAAGCUGAGAGAAAAGCACAUGAUAGAGAGCCAGGCUCUCUACAGCCGGCAGAAAGAGGAGAUUGAUUCCCUUUUUGCCAGAAUGGGUAAAGUCCCUCCCGCCACGGUGAACCCGCCCGCAGUGACCCUGGCUGGUCGUAGACGGCGACCCACCAAGAGCAAAAGCAGCAAAUCCAGCCGCGGAAGCUCACAGGGCAGCAAGAGCCCACUUCAACCUGCGAGCAGCACUUUAUCAGCGCAGAGCGCACCCACAGUGUUCCCACAACAGCAGACCUUCCUGACCCCUGGAGGUUUGGUCGAUAUUGGGAGCAGCCCCCUUCUCCAACCUUAUAAACCUUCACCCUCCAGUGAGAACAUGUACUCCGCCUUCACCAGCGACGCCACGCUGUCUGCCCCCAGCCUGUGUAUAGCCACGCAAGGCUGUGUAAAGUUCAGCUGUGGGUCGGAGAGAGUGACCUUCAAACCAGGUGGCAGAAGGACCCGUUUUCUGAGUACGCCCUGCUUGGCUCUUUGGAAGAUGGUGAAAAAAGUGUGCCCCUGCAACCAACUCUGUAGGACGAGCAGUACCAACACAGUGGGUGGGCCCGGGCAGAAUCAAACUCAGCCGCCCACCACUGUGCCCCAGAGCCGCAAGGGCACGUUCACCGACGACCUGCACAAACUGGUGGACAACUGGGCCAGGGACGCCAUGAACCUGUCCCAGGGCAAGAGGGGCUCAAAGCACCAAUCACAGGCCCCUUCUCAGGGCCACAGCUAUGAUUCGAUUCCUCCUGCCAACAUGGGACGCAAGUACUCCGCUCCGGGUCAGUUGUGCCCCAACAUUGCUUCAUCUCUGAGUGGCCACACCACGCCCAUGCCCAACCCUCCUGCUACCUCUAUGGGGGCCCGUAAGGGCUCCCUCUGCCCUACACCACAGUACGGCUAUCCCUCUGCACCUUACAGCGGCCCGUGGGCCGGCGGCUCGGCCGCGCACACCCAGGCGGCGGGCCUGCUGGCCAGCUCCCAACCCCUGGGCCAGUUCUCCCAGGCCCCUGGCGCCCUGCAGGCCUUUCACAUUAGCACUUUGCAAAAGUCAGUCAGCAAUCCAGGAGGCCCCAACCUGAGGACCACAUAGGGCUGGUGCCUAGAAAAGAAGAGAAGAGAAGAGAGUGAAAAACAGUGGGGGCAGAGAAACAUGGACCGGUGGUGGUGUCUUUCUGUCUUUCUGUCUGUCUGUCUGUCUGCGUGGACUUGGGUACAUGAAUUGGGUUGCAUCGCAGCUUUGCAGACUCUUGACUUGUCCAAAGGGGGGCUAGCGGGAGAGCCCUCUGGCCUGUUUGCCUUCAAAAGUAUUUUUUAAAAUUGGGAGGAGACUGAUGUAGAUGUAGAGAGGCAGGAAAGAAAGAGAGGAGAGUCCAGCAGGGGGAGUAGUGUGUGUGUGUGUGGAGAGAGAGGCCAGGGUUUGUGCAACACAUACACACAAUAUCACACCUCUCAAUCCAAUCCCAUACUCUCCCACAGCCUGGGGACGUCUCGUCUCUCGUUCUCGUCACUCCUGCACUCUCGUGGACAUGCUGCGGGGCAAACGCACAGCACAACGUGAGGAGGAAAAGAAAGAAAGAGAGAGAAAGAGGGGAAAAAAAAAGGAAACGAAAGAAAGAAAACACAACGGUGAACACGAGAACACAAUGAGUGCAAUGUUAAGUGGCCAAAGAGGGUUGUGAUAUAUAUUUUUUUUCUUUUCACUUUUUCCAAAUCUCUUUACUGCGUGUAGUGAUGGCUUCCUUUGCAGACCAGCCUUUGCAGAAGUGUUUGCUCCAGAGUAGAGAGUAGAAGGGCAAAUUAGGGUGUUGAACUGUGUUGGGUUGAACUGUGUAGAUUUUUAAGAACUAGUCCCUGGAUUCAUCCUCUCUGAUUGACUCUGAUUGAUUUACAAGCUUUAAGCUUUUCUGCUGUUAAAUCAGCUUAGGUCUGUCUCUAAAGACUAGAGAGUGAGUACUAUUGGUCAAAGAUGAGAAAAGAUGAGAGAAGAAGGAGAGAGCGAUAGAGAGAGAGAGAGAGAGGACAUGCCCUAUUCAUCUCUCCAUUGCAACCCUGCUGCCACCCCAGUAUCUCCUCUAAUGCCAUGUAGUAAUGCAAUAAUUCUAGUAAUAGAAAGACAAAGCCCGUUUUAAAAUGAAAAACAGAAAGUGGCCUUCACAAUAGAGAAACCUUAAAAAAAUAUCCAUGUACAGCUUCUCUUUUUUAUUCAUUAGGUUAUGAUUUUAAAGAUUUGGUUACGUUUUAGUAAGGAUUUCCACGUGUGCAGAUAGAUGUCCAACCAAAAAAAGCUGCGUCAGAUCCCAGCUUGCAUUGUGGUGCGGCGUCAUGCUGUCAUACUGUAUUCGCCUGCCUGUCUCUAUGUUAUUAAAAAAAUAUAAAGGCCCUGAAAUUUAUGAUCAUCAAUCCUGGAGUAUGUUUUUAUAAAUCAGGGCUGUAGGAGGAAUAGGUUGAAGCGUGAAUAUUUUUGCGAUGUCGAUUCUGGCAGAUGAGUUAGAUGAGUCCCAGUCUUGCUACUGUUAAUUUAAAAGCUAAGCGAGACGAUGUUCUGGACGUUCUGGGAUUUUCUGGGAUGUUCUGUAAGUCUCUGACUCCUGUUUACCUGUACGUUUUUAUGUAGUAUUCUCAAUCGGUAUUGACGGGGGAGGUUGGAUUAAAUCGGGGGUGCCAGUCAGACUCUUCUUCACAUCUGUCUACAUACAGCCUCAUGACCUGUGAAGCUUUCAAUCUACUAUCACUAAUGUAAACAGCUUUUAUAUAUAUAUAUAUAUAUAUAUAUAUAUAUAUAUAUAUAUAUAUAUAUAUAUAUAUAUAUAUAUAUAUAUAUAAAUAACAGGCAUGACCAGGUUAUUAGGGCUCUCUUAGGACAGGUUGUUUGUUUAAAAGAGAAAAUGAGAGAAGUAAGUGCGUCCUGUACGGACCUGUAUUUACCCAUCAGUUUUUGAUGUUGAAACACUGUGAUUAUUAUUAUUAUUAUUAUAAAUGUUGUUGGACAACAUUAGUUUAAAACAAAGGCAGAAAAAGGGUGGAAAUCGGAGGGUUCUUGCUCUAUAUUAUAGUGUAAAGGUGAAGAAGAAAGGCUAGCUAUUACCUUCUAUACAGAACUUAUUGGAGACACUUUAAACUUUUUUUUGUUUGUUUUUUUUUCCCUUUGUACUUUCUUUGUAUUAGAUAAAUGUGAAUGUAAAAUGGUUUCAAUUAACAUACUUGAAUAACCGGUCUGUUUUUUUUUUUUCCUCCCUUAAACAUCCCCUACCCACCUGUACCCAGUACCCAGUGCCCAGAAAGCAUGCUGGAGUUUCUAGUGCCUUGCAUUCAUUCUUUUUUAUUUUUUUUGCUCAUUUUUUUCUGUUUAUUCUAUUCUAUUUUAUUCUUUCUUUCCUCCUUUUUUUUUGACCUUGCGAUUGGUUGUUGAGGCUGCAGGGAUGCCUGAAGUCUGUUGCCUGGUUGGAUUACUGACUAAACUGUUGACAAAACUGGUUACAGGAUACUGUGAGGAAAAGCAGAGGAGAGGAGAUUGUAGUUUCCGUGCUGUUUAUAUUGGAAGCUGUUGUUGGAGGCUGAAUUGAUUGGGUUGCGCAACUUUUAAGGGAAGAGCUUAAACGCUUUGUACAUGAGGUGCACAAACCUAAGCUGUUGGCUGUUAGCAUAGCAUAGCAUAACUGCCGAGGAAAUCAGCUUUGGCACCAAAAUCGCAAAAUCGUUGAGGUCAGAUUAGUCGAAAUGUAGAAAUUCUGCAGUGCUACCUUCCCCAUGUUUGCCAGUUUAGUUUUCUCAGACUGACUGCGUUCUAAAUUAGUUCUAGGUCAGCAGUCAUACUUUACAGGAUUGGCUUGGUCCAGGGAUGGUAACAGACAGUGGAUAAAGCUGGAGAUAAGCGAGCGUAGCUGGUUAUAACCGUUGUUAUAACCGUGGAUUAGUGAGUUAAGGUUGUGUUUGAAGGUGACUGUAUUAAAACGUUAAAACAAGUUGAUAGGCAUGCCUAUAACCAAGGCUUUCCUCUCUAUUUGGCUUAGAUUAGAUCAUAAUUCAAUCUCGAUCUUGAUCUAGAUGUUGAAAAACCACAGUGCCCCUUGGUUUCAUGAGAGGAGGUCAUUCAGCCAGCAGUAGAUCUUCUCAGAAGUUCUCAGUCAGAUGGAGCUGCGAGGAUGAGAAAAGUGAAAGAAAGCUGUAAGUGUGUGAGACAGCAGGUUGUCUGUUCUGAAAAAGUGACGUAAAAGAAAAAUGGUUAACCAGCUGAUUUUUUUGGAAAGAGCAAACCAGGAAAGCAAGCCCCACUGGUUGUAACUGGCUUUAGUGGCGAGUUAUUUAAGGUACGUGCAGUGCAGGGUUUGGGUUUGGGUUAAGGUUUGCUCUGUUUCUCCUAAGUGUGUGUGUGUGUAUGUGGUGUAGUGUAUGAAUGAGUGCUGAACCGUUGAACCAGUGAGGCCAGUAGACUGCAGUAGAGCGACACCAUUGAUAAAACAGUGCAAAAGAAGGUAAGUAAGUAAGACCGUGAGUCAGUUAGUUAGUGGUCCAUUGUAUGAUCAGGGCGUGAUUAGGGCAGGUAUCCUCUUAAGAAGGCUCUUCAUUAGACCAACACAAGACGGACUCACCAUUGGUGGUUUUAAAAGGUCUCCAGGUCUUUUCAGAUCUUCUACAGGCUCAUCCUUUUGCUUCUCUUUCCUCUUUCUUUCUUUAUUUUCUUCAUUUUCUUUAUUUACCUUGCAUCCUGCAUCCCUUUUUCCAGUUCUCAUUUAGCUGUACAGAUAACUGCCUUUUUCUUUUUUUUUCUUCUUUUUUUUUGUUGCAUUUUUACGUCGUUUCAUGCAGAUCAGUAGCUCUAUUUUUUUUUUUUUUAAAGUAGCAUUCACGAUGCACAACAUGAUGCCACUCACUAUGUACAGAAAGCGUAGGGAGUAAGGAGUUGGUAAAUCUCCACAUUUCUUUUUUUAUUUUAGUUUUAGUUUUUUGUAUUCUCUGUAAAGAUUAAAAAAAAAAUAAUAAUAAUAAUAAUAAAUAUGUGCAUGUAGGUUAGUCUGAGUGAGUCCUGGAAAACUACUGUAUUAGACUCUCAGCAGUAGACCUGCUUUAUCAGUGUCUUCAUGUCUUGUGUGCUCCGCUGGACGUGUCGCCAAGUACCAACCAGUCAGAUACAUCAUGUAGAGCAGAGGAUCCUGUGAUAAUGAUGAUUAUGAUGAAUCAGAAGAAGCAUAUAUAUAUAAAUCCAGAGCAGAUAGAAAGGUCAGUGUGGCAAAGAAAAGGUCAGCGUCUUCAAAGUUCAAAGUUCAAACCGUAGAGCAGUGAAAAACUAACGGAGUCACACCGGUCAUCCUAACUACUGAUCCUAGCGCUGAUAAGGACUGCUAGAUUACAAGCCUUUUUACUUAGCACUUAGCGCCGUUUAAGCAAACGAAGCAACGACGUCUGGUACAAGAAACAAGUCCACGUUACGCCAGUUCUCUACAGAAUAGAUUAUCAACUGUUUACUGUCUGUGGGUGGCUAUAUCAUACUUUCAGUGUUCAAUAAUAACAGUUUUUUUUUUUAGAUACCGUUUCAUUCGCCGUGUGCUCAGUGCUUUAAACCUGUGAACUAGGUAAACUAGAGAAAUGAAAUCGGUUUCAGUUACGUAGUUCUGUUAAUCAGCUCAAGAUCAAACCUUAACAAACCUUAAAGGAGAACUUCGGUGUAAAAUUGCCAGACUUUGGGUGUAGUAAAACAUGAUAAAAAAGAAAAUACUUACCUUUUGUUAAAUAUAGCACACCUCUGUUCUCCUGCAGCUUUCAGAGAUCCAGUCAUUUUGUGUGUUUUUUGACCAGCAAUGGCAACGGCCUCUUUGGGGCAUAUUUUGCCCAGAUAAAUCACUUUUUACAUCGUUACCCAGCUCAAAGUAGCUCCACACCUCAUUGGUAGAAUCGGGAAAGCCCAAACAUUUAAAACAAGGCAUUAAUAGCUUAAAAAGUGCACAAGAAGCUUCUUAAACACUGCGCUUUACAUCCCAUAGCGCUUCUUUGUAGCUCUCGGCGCCGCCAUCACUGUACUGAUAAUGACAUAGACAUAUAUACAUAGACAUAGACUCUGCAUAGCCUGCAGAUUCAGAUUCAGCUCUGGAUUCUACCAAGGAGGUCUGGAGCUACUUUGAGCCUCGAUAACAAUAACGUAAAAAGUGUAAAAAGAAUACAAAGUGAUUUAUUAGAAGCAAAAUAUGCCCCAAUACUGCAGUUGUACAGAGUUCUAGGCAAAAAACACACAAAAUUACUGAAUCUCAGGAAGCUGUAGGAGAGUGAAUGUGGGAUAUUUAACAAAGGUAAGUACUUAUUAUUAUUUUUUUUUUUUAACACGUUUUACUAAAACAAAAGUCCAUUUUACACCGGAGUUCUCCUUUAAAACACCUCCUUCUUAGUUCUCAAGAUUUCCAUUCUAAAAACGUACAUCCCAGACGAACGAGUGCCAUUCUCCUCCCGUUUCAGAUUAAGAGUCGUCUAAUAAUUUGUCCGUUUGCUCUCAUUCCGUAAAACCGAGCUUUUUGUUGUUUACCACAGGGAGUGAUUUAGUAGCUGCAGUGCAGAGAACAUGCUAUAUCUAUAGCAUAUACAUAUAAAAUAUAACAUAUAUACAUUUAAAUGAAUAUAAAUAUAUACAUAUAUAUAAAUAUUUGAUAAAAGGGGUUUAAUGGUUUCGAGAUUGUUCGAGACCUUGUCCCUGGUUUACUCAAACAAACAGUAGGGAGUUAGAAAAGUUACUGAAUUCAGUGCAAAUGCAUCACAAAUACUCUCCAGCACCACCUUUGUUUUUUUUUUUUUGGAAUGGAGACACUUAGAUACUUCUACUGUUGUUCAGUGUUGUUUUAUUUUGUUUAUUAUUGUUCGUUAUUGUUGUUAAUAUCAUCCUCCUCCUCCUCCUCAUCAUCAUAAGUUCUUCAUCAUCUGUUUACUCCUUUCGCCUUCCUAUUAAAGACGCUUAUAGUAGCAAAAGUGCCGAUAUGUGGAAAUGCCAUUCAAUGCACCACCUGACCACACAAUUCAGAUAGUGAACAUGCUCGUCUUUCUGCAGAAGAAGACCUUGCAUGCUACUUAGGUCUCAAGUUAUAUUGCCACAGAGUACUUUUAACACACACAGACACACACACACACACACACACACACAGACACACACAUGCAUAAAUCUGAACGAAACAGUUAUGUGGUUUAUUUUCCAUCUGAUCUCCUGCGGAAAGAAAUACAACAGAACAAUAUGUUUACUUAAUGCUACUGACCUGUCAUUAAGUUAUUUUUGUUUUGUACUACUAUCUGAAUUUCUGUUUGUUUUUUUUGUUUUGUUUUUUUGCCAUGUUGUGUCUCUAGGUCAUCUAGUGACUUUCAAUUCAGUGUUUUUUUUUCCGUAUACUAUUUAACAUUGUACAAAACGUUCAAAUAAAAUAAUUUAAAAAAAGUUGAAUAAAAUGAAAACCCAUCAAAAAACAUGUAGGGAAUCUUUGGCAGCAUUUAACUGUAUGUUUUGCACUAAGUAUAGGAUGUUCAAGCUUGGUAUAAAACUGCGCUUUGCGCUCCAAUUAAAACAAGAUUUGUUACCGUAUUUGUAAACUUAAUAAACGAAAGUCCUUUAAAUAAA